UGUCAGUGCCAGUGGAGCAGCGACAGGCAGGGAAAUCCCUCAGACCCAGUAGGUCCAGUGUCUCCAGUCAGGACCGCCGCUUCGCUUUCUGGCUCGGCACUGACAAGCGCAGACCCGUUCACUUCGCACUGAGGAAAGAGCCCGAACACAGCAGGAAGCUUUUGCAUUGAUUUGUGUUAUAUAUAUAUAUAUAUAUAUAGAGAGAGAGAGAGAGAGAGGAGGAACGCGAUGGCAGAUGCAAGUUUUAACGAGUCGUCCACGGCGGACGUAGCGAACAGGUUUGCUCGAAAAGGCGCUCUGAGGCAAAAGAACGUCCACGAAGUCAAGGACCACAAAUUCAUCGCCAGGUUCUUCAAGCAGCCGACUUUCUGCAGCCACUGCACCGACUUCAUCUGGGGAUUUGGAAAGCAAGGAUUCCAGUGCCAAGUUUGCUGUUUUGUGGUCCACAAGAGGUGCCAUGAAUUGGUCACGUUCUCCUGCCCGGGGGCAGAUAAGGGGCCCGACACAGACGAUCCCAGAACGAAGCAUAAGUUCAAGAUCCACACCUAUGGGAGCCCCACCUUCUGUGAUCACUGCGGCUCUCUGCUCUACGGUCUCAUCCACCAGGGCAUGAAGUGUGACUCCUGCGACAUGAACGUCCACAAGCAGUGCGUCAUGAACGUGCCCAGCCUCUGCGGAAUGGAUCACACCGAAAGAAGAGGCCGCCUUUACCUGAAAUGUGUGGUCAGCGGGGAUAAGCUGGAGGUCAAAGUUGUUGAAGGCAAAAACCUCAUUCCCAUGGAUCCCAACGGCCUCUCCGAUCCGUACGUCAAACUCAAGCUCAUACCGGAUCCUAAAAACGAGACCAAGCAGAAGACCAAAAGAAUAUACUCCAACCUCAACCCCAAAUGGGACGAGACCAUAGUUUUCAAGCUGAAGCCUUCGGACAAAGAUCGCAGGCUGUCUGUAGAAGUGUGGGACUGGGAUCGGACCACCAGGAACGACUUCAUGGGAUCCCUUUCCUUUGGCGUGUCGGAGCUCAUGAAGUCUCCUGCCUGCGGCUGGUUCAAGUUGCUGUGUGAGGAGGAAGGGGAGUACUACAACGUCCCCAUCUCAGUGGAGGAUGAUGGGAACGACGAACUGAGGAAGAAAUUUGAGGACUGCCAAAAUAACUGUAAUCUGAAGGAAGCCAAGUUAGGCCCGGGAAAGAAGAUGAUCUCAGAGACAGAUGACGGCCGCCCCAGCAGCUACCCUUCCAACAGCCUGGACCAGGUCAAGCUAAGUGACUUUAGCUUUCUGGCGGUGCUGGGAAAAGGCAGCUUUGGAAAGGUUAUGCUAGCAGAGAUGAAGGCCACAGAAGAGCUUUACGCCAUUAAGAUCCUGAAAAAGGACGUGGUGAUCCAGGACGACGAUGUGGAGUGUACAAUGGUGGAGAAGAGAGUCCUGGCCCAGCAGGACAAGCCGCCCUUCCUCACGCAGCUCCACUCGUGCUUCCAGACUGUGGACCGGCUGUAUUUCGUCAUGGAGUAUGUGAACGGUGGAGAUCUCAUGUACCAUAUCCAGCAAGUGGGCAAGUUCAAGGAACCCCAAGCAGUAUUCUAUGCAGCAGAGAUUGCAGUGGGACUAUUCUUCCUGCACCUUCAAGGAGUCAUUUACAGGGAUCUGAAGUUGGACAACGUAAUGCUGGACUCAGAGGGACACAUUAAGAUCGCCGACUUUGGCAUGUGUAAAGAGAACAUGGCAGAGGGCGUGUUCACACGAACCUUCUGCGGCACUCCGGACUACAUCGCUCCAGAGAUCAUUUCGUAUCAGCCGUACGGACGCUCUGUAGACUGGUGGGCGUAUGGAGUUCUGCUUUACGAAAUGCUGGCAGGACAGCCUCCAUUUGAUGGGGAGGAUGAAGACGAGCUGUUCCAGUCCAUCAUGGAGCACAACGUCUCCUACCCAAAGUCCAUGUCCAAAGAAGCCGUCUCCAUCUGCAAAGGGCUGAUGAGCAAACAACCAGCGAAGCGUUUGGGCUGCGGCGCCGAAGGAGAGAGGGACAUCAGAGAGCACGCCUUCUUCAGACGGAUCGACUGGGAGCGCCUGGAGAACAGAGAGAUACAGCCGCCCUUCAAGCCCAAAGUGUGUGGCAAAGGGGCGGAGAACUUCGACAAGUUCUUCACGCGUACCCAACCCCAGCUCACGCCGCCCGACGAGCUGGUGAUAACCAACAUCGACCAGGCCGAGUUCGCAGGCUUCUCCUUCAUCAACCCUCAGUUCGUUCACCCGUCGCUCGUCAACAGCGAAUGAGGAGGAGGAGGAGGAUGGUAGAGUCUCUGACGAAGAUCCCUGCUCACUGCCGCCUACCUAAACCAACCGUCGACGAAACCCGACUAGAGCCUCGAGUCCCACAGUUGAUCCCAAUGUGUUGGUGUUCUUCCUAAGCAGGAGUGUAGGGCAUGCAUAUUUACUUUGUACAUUUUUUUUUCUUGGCAGUACAGAAUAUAAAUUGAAUAGACUAGAUUGGUUUCAGUCGCCAUAAGACAUAAUUUUUUUUUUUUGUUUGUUUUUUUAUAAUCACGAGCAAGCACUGUAGGACGAUGUGUCUCUGCAACCUGGGAGGCGUUCAAACAAGGAAGGGUGCCAGGCUUUAUUAAUCUAUGCCAGUAUAUGAUUGAGGAAACAAAAUAUGUUUACAAGCCUCAGUGGAUUCAAAUGGUGUCAAUAGAUCCGCAGUGCCGCGCAAAAGAAAGUCGUACCGCUUGGACCUUUUCAGGUUUCUUUCCGUUGCAGCCACAAGCUUCGACGGAUUUCGGCGGGAUUUUUGCGAGACAGUCCAAAACAACCAGUCGGGAUGAAAACAUGUGAUUUUAAAAUGUUUUGGGUUUUUUUCAUUUCAAAAUCGGAAAACACGGUUUGAAAAAUGUUCAAAUUCGCCAAAGGCUCUUAAUGAGACUUGGGUGCUAUAUUUCGCUUCAUCCAUCUUCCUACCGACUCCGACCAGCUUCCAUGUUCAGCUGAAGAGACUCACUCCCACAGCAUGACGGUGCCACCACCGUAUUCUGCUGUGGAGACGGUGUGUUCAGGGUGCCAGUUUUCAGACACACGCAGCAUUUUGCCUGAAUAUAGAUCUAUAGAUCUCGCCACACUCGUGUAUCACAAAAAAAAAAAGUCCGGGUGAAAUCCAGUGAAGUUUGUGGUUUUAACAGGAAAGAUGUGAAAAUUUCUUGGGGUUAGUACGUACUUUUGACAAGGCACUGUAGCCGGUGAUUUUAUUUGAUUAUUUUUUAGGUAAUCAGAGUACGCAUAUAUCAGGCAGUUUAGAUGCUAUAGCCAAAUAUGAAGGACAGGUGGUGCAGGCGGUGAAACAGCACCUGGUCAUUAAAUGUGUCCCGUGUCAUUUUUCUGCUUUUCUGCUUGUUUACUUUAAACAGUGACAGUGUGGGAUUCAAUUUCAGUUUCUUUCUUAUUUUGAUUUUUUUCGCCAUCCCAAUCUCAGCUGACAUACAUCUGUAGCAAAUCAACAAAAAAAAGAAUAAUAACAUUACGAAAAGUGAUAUUCCCAGCUCGUAGAACUCGACUUUAGGCACUGACGAUGAAAUAGUUUGCGUAGUUACUCCCCUGCUGUUAUUAAACUACACGAAUCCUCUUGAGGACAAGAUCAAUUUGAUUCAGCUUUAGUUUAGUUUAGUUUAGUUUAGUUUAGUUUAGUUUAGUUUGCACAAAUCUCUCAUGAAACCCAAAGUUUAAGUUUGUUCAUUUUUCAACACUAGUUGGUGUUUAAAUUCUCGUUAGCCAUAAAUAUCUAAGCAGACGCAGUGAGGACAUUUUCAAACUUGUUUUCCAAACAGCAUCCUCUCAAACUGUUUCAGUCACUUUGCUGUGACAAAAACUGAACCUAGUUAUUGAGAACUUGUUGCUUUUAUGCUGUAACACACCAGUAGGUUUGCUCACUUUACCCCCAUUUUUAGCUCAGUCUAGUGGGUUAAUCUAAGAAAGAAUCGGUGUGUACCUUCUUUGUAAAUAGUUUUUAACCCUUUUAAAUACGUUUUUUUUUUUUUAUACCAACACAUGCAUACAUUUCUGUUUGUUACCUUAGUCGGUAAAGCCAAUAUCUGUUUGUACGAGAGUUUGACGCCGAUCGAUGAGUUCAACAGGUCAUGAAGAAAAAAAUCUGUUGUACUUUUGUUUUAUUGCUAUUAUUUGUCAAACUUUUUCUGUUUUUUUAAGUACUUCUCAGCAUUGCUGACUGCAGGUUUGCUUGGACGCAUUUCCUAGUUGUUGAAUGACCUGCGUGCGGUUUAAUGAGCAACAUUCAUGCAUGACACCUCAGUGCUGCAUGCUGCAAGAGGAGAAUUUCCGACUUUUAAUCCGACAUUCAGGCGCUCUCGUCCAUUUUGUCCCUUUGCCAUUUCGUGCUUUUGAACUUUCUGUGUUUCACUGCCAGACUUCUCCAGGAGCGAGGGGCCAUCCGCCGUCUUAUAUCCGGAGUUUAUCAAAACACUUGGCUACCAGGAGAAAUAAACUGGUGCUCAUUGUUUAAACACAUAAGUAAGAAAGGUUUGUGUCUCAAAAUAAAGUGGGAGUAAAUUGGAAAAACAUUACGAUACGUUUGAAAACGGGGGCACUUAUUGGCAAAGGGAUAAGUCAUUUUAGACGCACUUUUUUGAAAUUCUUUAAAUAAAAGUUUUAUCCAAAGAAGUAUUUAAAACAGGUUUAUAGUCAUAGAUUUUUACUGUUGUUAGAGGUGGAAGAAAGGGUGAUUAUUUUUUUUUCUGUAAUUGUUCCGAGUUGUUCCUAAUUUGCUUCACAUCUUCUGCGUCUGUAUAUUUGAUUUGUUUGGAGACCCUCUGUUGAGCGCUUGCAAAUCUCUCUUAAAGACACAAAUUUAGCCCGUCAGUCGGUCUGAUUUUUCUUGCGCCUCCCUGCGUUCUACAACCCUUCUGCACGUGCCAAGCAUGAAAAAACACCAGAACCCGACUAUAGACGCAGACAAACAGGUGGCGCUCUUUAGCAGCUUCUGACUUGACCGAAAGAACGUAUGGCAGUGUGUCGCCAUCGGUGCGGAAAUGCGUAGCGUUUCAGUACAAGUAGCAGUGCCAGUCAGUCGGACGGUCGGGUCCUUUUCUAUACAGCAGGAGGAGAAUCAGAUUAAGUGUUUAAUUUUCGCCUCUGCACUCGGCUACAGUGAAAGAAGAUCAAAUAUUCAUUGUACAUACUGUCUCUGCCCUGUAUGUGUCCUGGCUUAAUAGACUAGCUUCAUCCCUUUAACGAAAUGUCUGAACGUCUCGUAGUUUAAGUCGCAGACAUUCAGGGGCGUAACAAUAUCUAAUCUUUCCUCGUGUGCCUUCCCCUCCGCUUGUAAAGAUGCAACAUAUUUAGCUUCCCCCCCCACACACACACAUUUUGUCUUUUAUUCAAUUCUACGCCUGUUUUUUCUUAAAUAACCAUGAUUGUUAAUUUACUUUUUUUUUUUUUCUUACUCCUUUGCUCCAUGCUUCUCUCGUUGCUUCUUCGAGUAAAUGUGAAUGUUUUCUUUUUCCUUACAAUUUAUUGAAUCUAAAAACCUCAUUUUCUGUAAUUAACCUUUAGAUUUUAAGAAAGAAAAACUGGAGUAAUCCUCGUACAUCUGCUCGCAGCCCCUUUACCGCCCUGCGACCGCCACGGAGUGAAUACUACCGCGAGCGGUGAGUCAGUAAACGCCUCAGCGACGUGAAAUGACGGCGUAUUUGACGGAGGAGUGAGCGUGCGGCGUGUUGCACGAUGUUUUCUGAUGGUGAUGUUUGUAUCAGCCCCUGUGCCUUGUCACAACAAUCCACUUCUUCUCCCCAAUCUAGUCAAUCUAUCACUUUUAUCGUUAGCUUCCUUGACUUUUUUUCCACAAAAUUCCAGAUCAGGAAACUCUCGAUUUCCCUUGAACGGCGUCGAUUAUCAGCAUUCUUCUUGCUUUUUGUUGACAUUUUCCAUUUAGACUGGAAAAUGGAAUUGUAUAAAUUGUCUAAAUCAGCGUUUUAGAGCUGAUUUAGACUAUGUUAGCUUACCAGAAGUAACAGAGGAACAUAUGUUAUUUUAUAUUUGGGUGUAUAACAUUUGAAUGAGGGUUUCCUUUCUUUUAGUCAGCAACUUCUAAUAAUCCCUUCCUGGCGAAUGAUGGGUACCGAUUUUCUGAAUCGGUAAAGUACAAGGAUGCCUUAUAUCUGAACCCACGGAGCCACAUUUCCACCUAUUUCUUCCGUAUCAUUUUAUAAUCACUGCAUCCCUGUCCUUGUAUAUAAAUAAUUUACAGCAGGUAUCUACAAAAGACUGUAAAGAAGAGCGAACAUCUUGUAUUUUGCAAAUGGUGUACGUUUUAUUUUUCUUCCUCUUUUUUUUGUUGUUAUAGCCUGAGACCUUUAACAUAAGUCUGAGCUACUUAACCUCGUAACAGAUUGUGUCAUUUGUACCUAAUGUAUGAUAAUGCAAAUAAACAAAGAGGCAAAAUGAGGUCCAGA